UUUCUUCCCCAACUUUAUUCUUUUUUGUUUUGAAUGGAAUGUAUUAGACAGAGUGAAAUAUAUGCAAAUACAGUGAACGUGCGCGCUCCCGUUGGUGGGUUUGGAUUCAUGUGAAGGGUUCAUGUGGGUAAAAAUAACAUUAUAGUCAGUUGUUUUGUUUUUUUUCUUCUUUCCAAAUAGUCUGCAGUUGUGCCAAUGCGCCGUGAAGGCUGCACCACACACACACACACACACACAUACACACACGCACACACACACACGGUUUGGCAGCACAAAGACGCGUUUCUAUCCUGUUGGGAUUUUGCGCAUUAAAACGCUUCACGGAGCGUCGCUUGUUGAUCCGAAAUGACACAAACGGCGUUACAAACAGUCUUUUAAACGCGAUUGCUUCAGCUUUAUUGAAGUCCCGCGAUGCCCCCGCUGUUCUGCGUGAGUCCGCAAAACCAAUUUCAAGUCCGUGUUGUAGGUGUCGCUGUUGACCACGUCAUCCGCAGAGCGAGCGUGUGCGCAGAGGAGGCUGCGUCUCAAGGCCAUUUUCAAAUCUCAUUGGUGGGCUUGUCAUGUGGUCGGGAGGCAUCCUGACUUACAGAUUGUUUUUCCUUAGAUAUGUCAGCUUACAAAGGACAUCUCUCUCCUCUAAAGAGCUUAACCCCAAAAAAUGUCCUUUCCCAGUAGCUCUCCUGCGGCAAACACAUUUUUAGUGGACUCUCUAAUUGGUGCUUGCAGGACGGACAGCUUUUACUCCAACAGCAACAUGUACAUGCCGUCUGGCUCAGAAAUGGGAACUUACGGAAUGCAAACCUGUGGACUCCUGCCGUCUUUCGGCAAAAGAGGGGAGGUCAACCACCAAACUAUGGGCAUGAAUGUCCACUCGUACAUACCUCAAAUAGAUAACUGGACUGAUCCGAGUAGACCCUGCAGAAUAGAGCCGCCCAGUCAGAUGUCAAACUGUACAUUUUCACAGAGCAUAAAGGAAGAGAGUAACUGCUGCAUGUACUCCGAUAAGAGAGUACAAAAAGUCAGCUCGACAGAAGUCCCCGCAUAUUCUAACGUUAUCCCCGAAUCCUGUCCAGUCGAUGGUCCAGAGAUCCCGGUUCCGGGCUAUUUCAGACUGAGCCAAACUUAUGCGAACGGGAAGCAUCAGGAAAACUACUGCCAUGAGCCGCCGAGUCCAAACCCGACACUGAUGCAGCUCAGCCGGGUCACCCCGAAGGCGCAGCCCUCGUCGGCGCCUUCUAAUUUUGCAGAAGUGGAAAAGAAAAUCGAGGACGUCCCGCAAAAGCCAGAGACCACAAGAACGCCGGUGCCCGCAGAAGAAAGCCCGGAUCCCAAGUCGGGCUCGGAGGAGAAAAGCUGCUCAGUGGAGGCUCCUGUGUCCAGCCCUGAGCUGCUCCACAAGGAAGGGAAAGACUGCAAGAGUGACUCGUUGACGAACAACUGGUUAACAGCGAAAAGUGGCAGAAAGAAAAGGUGCCCCUACACAAAGCACCAGACCUUGGAGUUGGAGAAGGAGUUUCUGUUCAAUAUGUACCUGACCCGAGAGCGCCGCCUAGAGAUCAGCAGGAGCGUCAACCUGACCGACAGGCAGGUCAAGAUCUGGUUUCAGAACCGCAGGAUGAAGCUGAAGAAAAUGAACAGGGAAAACCGCAUCCGUGAACUGACCUCAAAUCUCACCUUUUCGUGAGCUCGCAUGUAUCAGUCAGUGGUUCAUAGCUGCCUUUAAUUCUCCUCCUCCCUCCUCCUCCUCCUUCCUCCUCCUCCUCUUCCCUCAUGUUCAGUUGGAUGCUUUAGUGGCAUUGGACGUUUAUCUUAAACUUCAACGAAACUGUGACUAUAUAUAGCUAUAUCCAAGGCCUGUGCCAAUUUUAGUACGUUGUGUGGCGUCGUGUAUUUGUUUUAUUUUAUCACAGGGUAACACUUUUAUUUUUUAUUUUUAUUUUUUUGUUUGUUUUGGUCUUAAAUUAUUGGAGAAGUUCUUACUUUUUUUUCUCUCUCUCUCCUCCAAGAGACAUUCUAUUGUGUGGAGCUGGCGAGCUGUGCAAAAAAAAAAAGAAGAAAAAAAGAGUUCCUCCAUUUCAGCCUUCAAAGCACAUU